GCGCAUUCUUUUGACAACCUUUUUCUUCUUAUUCAUAGACUCUGCUUGAUACCAUGACGAUAGGUACUCAAACGGAUCCCGUCCUUAAGCGCAACACAGGGCGCAAAGGACCAGUAUCGUUCCUAACGCACAUUUGCGAGUUGGAAAAACGACAAUAUUUCAGCGUUGCCAGCAGUUACAGAACUGGCUCUUGUCGGCCAUUUGAAAAGCAAAAAGAAAACCAUUACACUCCAAUUAAUGGUGAAGUGGAGUAUAUGAUCACAAACAGCCUUGACGCGGGUCAUUACGAAGGUGCACUCAAAACUAUCGAGGAAGCGAUCAUAGCCAAACGGCGAUGCACACGGCUCGUGAUCUCCUAUUUAUUUGAUCUUAUUCUUCGACCAGGUCAAGCAUAUGAACGCUUAUCCCCACAAGAGGUUCUUUCAAUGUCACGAAAGGCUCAUCACAUGCUUCUAAUGAUACUCGAAACGUUUGGCACAAGCGCGUUUGCCGAUAUAUGGGAACUGUUCCAAGACAAUAAGCGGCCAUCGCGAAGAAUGCGUAAACGUACGUAUCGGAUAGCCAUGAAUCAUGACGAUAACGAAGAUGAAGAGGGGGAAGUAUACGUGAGCGCUCUCACCGAAUUCGAUACGUUCCAAGAGUUCUUUGCUUGUUGUGUGGAAUACACCGAUGAUUUCAAUGUUUCCAAAAAGCAAGUGAAUGUCAAACGAGGACCUUCGAUGCGUGCUCCUGCUGCACAUCUACGAAGAAAGCUGGUUCUUGAUGUGCUUUUAUCGUUGUUGGAAGAAGAUUUAUAUCAAACUGAAGGCGAUCCAUCACUGCUGGAAAGCUGUGUACUUGUCAAGUUAGUCAACAGCGGCCGGGAUCUGCAACGCUGGUUGGACGUUAUUUUCAGUUCAUUGGGUGCAGAUCUGGAUCAGGCGACCCAAUCGAAUUCGCCAUCAACACGGCAAAAUACCGUUUGUGCAGAAUUUGGAGCGAGGAUGCUAAACAUGCUCGUGGCUGCCUCCUAUUGCGAAAGCGCGUUCGAUCUCAAAGACCUAGAAGAAAGAUCGUGCAGAAGACUGGCUCAAUUGGGCAUAGAAGGCUGUAGCAACAUGAUGCAGAUGAUCAGAUUCAACACUUUCAAGUUUACGAUCCUUGAUAAAGUCAUUUCGGACGCCGACCGGGUCAAUGUGCAGCAGCAAUGCAAGUCUAUGCGCAAGCAAAAGGCGUCUCCCAAUUUUAUGGAUAAAUUUAUAAAGUUCGACUUAAAGACGCAGCCCAACCAACUUGUUUGCAUGGAGGACGUAUAUCGUCAUGUACAGAUCCUGACGUGGAAAUAUAUCUUGGGCAUCAACUUACGCCAAGUUCAUCAAAAUCAACGCAAUAGUCACAACGAUGGGAACGCCAUGGAUACUAGUACUUCGGUUGGUGCUGUUACGAAUGCUAUGCUGCUGGAUGAAACACCGACACUUACACACACAACGAUCAGUGCUUGGAAAAGACAUAUUGACGACAUGAUCCGGGAUGCCGAAGCACAGAGCAUAAUUCCAGAGUUGGAGGAUGAAAUGAAGCGAAAAAUACACUGGACAGUAUCUCUUGUAGAGAAUAUAAUGGUAUAGAGAUAUUCACAUACACAUAUGCAAUUACACACACACUCACAUAUAUAGAUCAAAAAUACCUGCAUUGACCCUUUCAUUUUCUUGUACAUAUCCACAUUAAUUUAAACCCGUAAUCACGUUCUCGGCAUGAUGAUAUACGUCACAAAUUGUUGCUAUUCGCUAUAAGCAGUUUAAUUUUAAGCUCAUACAUAUAAUGUUUGGUAGCUUCCUCUUCCGCUCUCGCUCAGAACCACCAGAAUAAAUGUCC